AUGCUCUCCCGGUCAGCCCUCGUGCUCGCGACGGUAGCAGCGCUGCAGCGACCCGCGCACAGAACCCGAAGCACGCGGCUCCGCGCGACGACUGCAUCUAGUAAAGACGCCGACGUCGUCGUCGUCACCCACGCCGCAGGAAGGAUGGGCGCGUCGUUGUGUGCUCAAUUGCACGAGGCGCUGACGCAGCGUGAAAAAUGAGCUUCAACAUGACGUGAUCUCGUCUUCAUGAUCGCACGAGAUCCGUGCCACACAGGCCUGGACGCGCGAGGGGUCGCCCGCCUGGGCCCAGCACGACAACCUUGUGAUACGAGCCGUCGUGCGCGACGAGAACGAGGCCACCCGUUUAAAAAUUGACCUUGGUGGUUGUGUCAUCAAAGAUAAGAAAGCGCAGCCGCUCGUCGACACGUCGGCCUGGUUGGAUGUGACGGUGGUGGAGGAGGGUCCCAACGAAGCAAAAGGGCUCGGAGACGCUUUAAAAGGCGCGUCGACGUGCGUCUUGUGCGCCGCGGCUCACGCGGGAUUUGAGUCCGUCUCUGGCAGCGACGUGCCGGCCGUCGUGCCCGGGUCGCUGGCGCGCGCGCGCGCGGAGUCGUCGUUCAGUCAUGUGGCGGGCAUUAAUGUCAGGGUGCCUAGGAACGAGGCCGAAAGCGCGGCGCGGCGGUUGUUAGCGGAGAUCGAUGCUGUUAGUAUCGAGUCCAAGGAUGCUUCUACGAAUUUGAGGCAUGUGAUCCUCCGGUCGUCGAUGGGCGUCUCGACCCUAGAGAGCGUGAAAGGUGCUACUUCCGUCAAAGAUGCAGAUGUCUUGGCCCUCGCACGCAUGGGCGGCGAGGAAAGUAUAAGAGCCAUCUCCAGGGCGGAGGAUGCUCUACAAGAAGCCUGCGGCGACAGCGUGGGGACGACGAUUGUGCGGUUGGGUGCCCUGACGGACGAUGCGGGCGGCGUGCCCCUCGCGUUCGGCACUCGCGACUCGUUGUUGCGGGAGUUGGUCAACGAGAGCGCCGAGCCGCCACUCGUCUCAAGGAACGACGCCGCCCGCUUAUUAGGCGAGGUCGUGCGAAGGGGGCUCCCCGCGCUCGACCAUCAGAUCUUCGACGCCGCGUGGAGCCCGAAGUUUGGGGUCGUGAGCGCGGGCACGCCGGAGACGGCGGCGACGGCGGCGCGCCAGGACGUCGUACAGGAGGCGGCGAAGGUGCUGGCGUAAGUAAGGUAUCGUAGUGCGCCCGGCGGUCGCGUCCGCGUCAGCUCCGCGCGCGGUGGGUCGCGCGGUUUCGUACGUCUCCUCUUUACCUUCCAACUCCUGGGAGGAGUGGAAGGUAGCGUGGAAGGCGCGCGAUAGAGUACAGCCCAAUGUACUCAAUGCAUCAGCCACCAAAGCAAAAUUGGCACAGCUCACGGCGCGCGUGUCUGGGGCUCUCCAGCGGUUGAGCGAUCACGCGGAAGACCUCGACUCGACGAAUAGCCGUGACACGCGAGGCUUGCGUUGGUGAAACUGCAACGCUUGUGCGCCAGCAACGCCAGGCCAUCUUUCCUAAAUCGCCGUAGCCGCGGCGGCCAGGGUUCUCAGGCUCGCGUACCCGCCGCGACGGACCGGACGAGCGCGCCCGUCACCGCUCUUUGCGCGCAUCGCUCGCCGCGGCGGCGCGGAAGACGCCGCUCGCCAUGGCGCGCCUCGUCCUAUACGCGCUCGCUGCGCUCGCGACACGGGCCUACGACUGGACGACCCCGGGCGACGCGCUGACGCCGUUCGACUGCGACGCGUACCCGAACCCGAUCCAAGUUUUUAAAGCGGACAAUCAAAACCCGCCGUACAACGUGUCGGAGCUCGACCUCGCCACGGGCAAGUACAACAAGAUCUGCGACUUCCCGCAGAAGAACGCCGGCGUCAACGGCUUCGCGCUCAUGCAGUACCCCGACGGCGGGCCGCAGCCCGCGCUCAAGGACAACGUCUACUCGUUCGUCUGCCGCGGCAAGAAGCUCGAGCGCUUCGACUGCGCGAGCGUCUCCGAGCUCGACGGCACGCUCAUCGCGCAGAAGGAGGGCACGACCUCCUUCUGCAACGCGGCGACGUUCGUGGGGACGACGUACUACUACACGAACGGCCUGCGGGGCAAGGACAACCAGAUCUACCGCGUCACGGCCAUGGAGACGGACGCCCCCGACUUCAAGCCGCGCGGCGACGCCCAGUUCAACGUCUCCGACUCAGUGUUGCGGGGCGCCGAGAACGACAUCACGUCGCUCGAGGAGGCGACCACGGGCGCGUUCGCCGAACUCAUCAACGACGGCCUGCCCGGCCGCAAGUACGUCGUCGGCCUCGCCGCGAACCCGAACUUCAAGGGCGGCAACGUGGAGCUCUUCGUCGCGCGCCUCGAGGAGGAAAAAGACGCAGCGGGAAACAUUAUUAAUCCGUACGGCGCGCCGGAGGCCUACGCCGUCCCCUACUGUGUAGAAUUCAACCAGUGCGUCGUAGAGUCUCGUGACAUUUGAUUUCUACACAGGUCCUCUACACGAAGUGCGUGAAUGUGGACUGGUCCGGCCGGCCCGGGGGCGUCCCUUCGGCGAACGGCUGCAUCCAGAGCACCUUCGGCGCGGCCUACACGUACGACGAAGGGACGUCGUCGUCUUCGUCAAUCACGCAGCCGCCGCGCCUCUUCUUCAGCAACAACGCCGGGUUGGGCCUCUUCGAGGUCAUCAUCCCGGCCGGUGGUGUCCUGUGUGGAAAUCAACCGUGAGUUACGUGGGGCGCCUGGAAAUGGAUUCCACACAGGUGGCAUCCCCCUGCCCGAGGGCCGCGACGGCUGCUGGAACAGCGGCGACCCUAGCGUCCCGGGCAACACCCACGUCUCGUGCGGGGAGGGCGGCACCGCCCAGACAGGCCUCUCCUUCUCCCUUAAAUGGGUCGCGCAGUCGGCGGAGACGAGCAACAACGACGGCAGCGCGUGCCCGGGCAUCGCGGCGCCGGUCUUCCCCUCGAUGGCGCCGACGAUGACGCCCGCGCCGACGCAACAGCCGACGAUCGGGUUCUGGAGCGACCCCGAGAAGCCCUUCGACUGCGCCGCGCACCCGAACCCGAUCCAGGUCUAUGGAGCGCAGGCGCCGCCGCCGGCGUUCAACACCGAAGAAUUGGACCUCGGGACCGGCGAUUACGUGGUUAUUGAUGAUUUCUCGCCCGUCCCGCCGACGGCGCUCUCCCCACCGGAAAACGUGAACGGCUUCGCCCUGAUGCUCAACCCCGACAACGGUAAGACGUACGCCUUCAUCUGCGUCUUCGACGAGCUCAAAUUAGUAAGAUUUGACGGCACGCGGUCCACGGACGUGCCGCCGGGCGCCGGCUCGCUCACGGGCCAGCGGAUCAACCCGGCGGAUUCGGGGCAGAAGGUCAACGCCGCGGCCUUCAUCAAGACGACGUACUACUACACGUCGCGCCUUCAAAGGAAUGGCAAAGGCGACACGUACAACGCCAUCUUUUACGUGUCAGACGUGCACACGGACACACCGUCGUAUUUCGGCCCUUCCACCAGAAGGUUUUCGGUCAAGGAGGGGCUCCUUUCCGGAAGCGUGUCCGACAUCACGAACCUCGAGGAGGAGCCGGGCCAGGUGAUUAUUAAUGACGGCUGCGACGGGUGCUCGUACCUCGUGGGGCUGGCCGCGGGGACGGCCACGACGCCGCCCGAGGUCUUCCUCGCGCGCAUCGAGCAGGGCGGCCUCGUCCCCGAGUACUACGCCGUCCUCGAGGCCGCGUCCUGUGAUGUCUACGUCGACAACCCUUCCGGACCGGGCUGCAUCGCCGGCGACUACGGCGCCGCGUACACGUACGGCGGCGGCGGCGUGCCGCAGCAGGUGUUCUUCACGAACAACCUCGGCGAGGGCCUCUUCGAAGUCACGGCGCCGCCCGGGGGCAUCGACGUGCCCGCCACGUGCUGGAACAUUGGGAUUAACGGCGUGGGCACCGAGGCCGACCCGGCCGCGCCCCACACGCGGUGCGCCACCGUCUCAUUUUCAUUGACGUGGAAGGCCGCGUCCGCGGCGACGAAUCAGAACGACGGCUCGGCGUGUCCGGGCCUCCCCGCGCCCGUCUUCCCGACGCCCGCGCCUUCAUCAAGUCCCACGGCCGCGCCUUCAUCAAAGCCGACGGCCGCGCCCUCGCCUGGACCCACGGCGCGCCCGACGCCGGCGCCGACGGUCACACCCACCGCGAAACCGUCCCCGGCGCCGACGGCCGCUCCUUCGCCCGGACCCACGGCGCGCCCGACGCCGGCGCCGACGGCCGCUCCUUCGCCCGGACCCACGGCGCGCCCGACGCCGGCGCCGACGGUCGCACCCACCGCGAAACCGUCCCCGGCGCCGACGGCCGCUCCUUCGCCCGGACCCACGGCGCGCCCGACGCCGGCGCCGACGGUCGCACCCACCGCGAAACCGUCCCCGGCGCCGACGGUCGGGCCUACGACGCCCGGGCCGACGCCUGGACCCACAGUUCGCCCGACGCCCAGCCCUUCGACGCCGACGGCCACGGCAGACCCGACGGCCACGCCGACGACGCCGGCGCCCACGACGCCGAUGCCGUCGCCAGGCCCGACGCCGGCGCCCACGACGCCGAUGCCCUCCCCGGGCCCGACGGCCGCGCCGACGACGCCGCAGCCGUCGCCGGGGCCGACGGCAACGCCGACGGCGGCUCCGACGGCCGCUCCCUCGGCCGGGCCGACGGCGGCGCCGACGGCAACGCCGACAGGAGUGCCGUCGUCCGCACCGACGGCAACGCCGACGGCCGCUCCGACGGCCGCGCCCACGGCAGUGCCGACGGCAGCGCCGACGAUCGCGCCCACGGGAGUGCCGACGGCCGCUCCCUCGGCCGGGCCGACGGCGGCGCCGACGGCAACGCCGACAGGAGUGCCGUCGUCCGCGCCCACGGCAACGCCGACGGCCGCUCCGACGGCCGCGCCCACGGCAGUGCCGACGGCAGCGCCGACGAUCGCGCCCACGGGAGUGCCGACGGCCGCUCCCUCGGCCGGGCCUUCAUCAAUCCCGACGCUCGCGCCCACGGGCGUGCCGACGGUGCCCCCCACGGCCGGGCCGUCUGCUGUCCCUACUCUGGAGCCCACGGCGACGCACGCACCGACCCGCACGGAGACUUACGCGCCGACGAGGAUAACGGAAGCGCCAUCCUACGCGCCGACGUCGGACACGUACGCGCCGUCGACGUCGCCGACGGUCACAGCCUGUGUGGAAAUCAAAAUUUUACGGCGCGUUCGGUGCUGCAUCAUCGCGUCGUCCUCUACGCCAUCGACGCGACGCCUGCUCGAUGGCGUGGCGAUGCCGGUUCCUCGCCGCUCGACCAAGCCAGGACGGCCGCGUCAUCGCCGAGCACCCGACGCACUGGUUGAUUUCCACAGGUCACAGCGUCGCCGACGAACCGCAUUUUCCGCGCGACCGACGCCACGAUCUGCACGGCCCGCGACGUCUGGCUCGCGAACCGAGAUCUGGCCCUACAGGCGUACGGCCCCAUCGCGACCUGGGACACGUCCCGCGUCACGACGAUGAGCUGCCUCUUCACGCCGUACACCCAGUGCAAGAACGGGGCCGACACGUCCAAGUGCAGCAUCAACCGCAGCGCGGGCCAGUUCAACGACGAUAUUGGAGCGUGGGACACGUCGUCUGUCACAAACAUGUUCGGCAUGUUUGGCGAUAAUUCCCAGUUCAACCAGGACAUCAGCGGCUGGGACACGGCGCGCGUCACGACGAUGGCGGGCAUGUUCUACUCCGCGCGCAAGUUCAACCAGCCGCUGCAGAGCUGGGACGUGUCGGGCCUGACAGGGUUCAUCCAAGGACAGGCGCCGGGCCCCGGGCUCUACGAGAUGUUCACGAGGGCCACGGCCUUCGACCAGAAUCUGGGCUGGUGCGUCUCGGAAGCCGUCAACCCGCAGCAGCCGUCCCUGACGUUCUCCGGCACGGUCUGCGGGUCGUACGACUGCGGCGUCCGGACUGUGGCGAACCCGGCCACGGACUGCUAG